GGGCACUUCAGAAGACCUCGAAUUCCUGUGUAGGAAAUUUUGCCACCAUCUUAGCUUUGUGAAUCAUAGGCUAGUGUUUAUGAGUGUAAUGGGAGUGACGAUGCUUUGUUCAUUGACGAAAUAAACAACGACAUCUUGAACGCUGAAGUGUUAAGAGCAUUUCAAAGACGUUAGGGAACAAAAAAUGGCAAUUACUUGAGCAUUCGUUUGGAAAUUUAUUGAUGUUUUGGUUGGUGAGGGUAUGAAACACUGUGUAGGCCUCCAGUAGAAUAUACUUAAGAUGGAGCUGUACAUUGAAACAUUAACGGGAACCUUUUUUGAGUUGCGAGUGUCACCAUUUGAAACAAUUAUGUCAGUGAAGGCAAAGAUUCAAAGACUAGAAGGAAUUCCAAUUGGACAGCAGCAUUUAAUAUGGCAGUCCAUGGAGUUAGAGGAUGACUACUGUCUUCAUGACUACAGCAUUCAUGAUGGUGCAACCUUAAAACUAGUCCUAGCUAUGCGUGGAGGUCCAAUAAAUACAAGAAGAAUUCCCAUGGAAGACCCGACAUUAAGAGAAAUGGCAGAAUAUGUAGAAGCAAAUAGAGAUGAAAUCUGGGAGAAAAUUCCAGGGAAUCGACAAGUCACUCUGCUUGUCUUCAGGGAAGGUGACCAGCUGAACUUCUUUCGUGUGGUUGAUCGAGGGGAUGGCACUCUUACCCCACUCUCUGAAUCUUUAAGUGGGGCCUCCAUGUACAAUUUCGAUGACCAAGAGGAGGAAGAAGAGGCCCCUCCAAAGGAGAAACUUGAGGAAAAUGAACAGCUCAAGGAAAAAAUGAAGCAGCUUCGUGGGAAGAUGGAAAAACUUACCCUUACUAAAAAGCCUAAGAAAAAGAUCUUACGACCUCCCUCAUCAGAACAUUCCAGCAGUAGCCGCGGUGCCAGACGUCGACAGCUUCCAAGCUCCGGAAGAACCUUAACUCAUAACCUCAAUAGAAAUUUUUGUCUGCCACCUGUCGGCCAUCAUUCAACAUAUUCUCAAGAGGAACAGCCAGCCACAAUAGAAAUCAGCAACAAAGACGAUAUGAUCUCUGGUGGCGUAAUGGGUCAAAACAUGGCUGCUAGCCUAAACCACAACAUAGGAAGUGGUUUGUUAAAUUAUAACGAACUUGAAACUACUUCUGAACACAAUACUAGCCAUAGUGCCAAAUCAUCCCGCAGUAGGAGUCGCCAAAUGAUGGCGGAGAAUACAGAACUCAGUGCUAGCCGACUAGGCAUUUUAUCCAGUGUUAAGGAGGAUAGUAGCGUUGUACAUGAAUCUGAACUCGCCACAGAGUGGAGGGAGGGCAUAAAAUCAGCUGAAGGAGAGGAUAGUGAGAAUGUUAAAUCUGAUUUACUUAGUUCUAAUACCCCUUCCUCAAAAUUGAGAGACCUACAUAGAUUAAGCAGUUUACAAGAAAAUGUCACGAAAAAGAAAGAUAUGACUCUAGAAAAUUAUAAGGAUACUCUUCAACCUCCUUCAUCUUCCAAAACAAAACAAAAAAUGAAAGGGGAUCUUACUAUAGAAAACCUAAAGGAAGUCUUGGGCCGUCCUCAAGCAUCCAAUAAAGAUCUGACUUUCGAAAGUCUUCAGGAAUCUCUAGGAAGACCAACCACCUCUUCACGUUUUAAGGGCUUGGAACGAAGAAAGGAAUUUACCUUGGAAAGUCUUAGCACCAGUGAAGCUCGAGCUAUGUCAGGACUACUCAGACAGGCAUCCCUUGAAAAAAUAGGAUCUUCUCGAAUCGGCAACUUUGUGCCAAGUGGUAGCAAAUCACGCUUAGGAAAUUAUGCACUUGGGAAUACAAGUCAGGAGGGGAGAAUUAUUUCUCCAGAGGAACGAUUGCUGUCUGCCCAUCUACAGAGGGUGAACAGUCGCGAUGGGAGGAUGCUGUCCCCCUCACAUCGACUCCCCCCUGUUAAAUCCAAAAAGAAGGCAGCCAAGCGGUGCUUUGUAUGUGGCAAGAAAACAGGGCUUGCUACCAGCUAUAUCUGCAGAUGUGGAAACAACUUCUGUGCCACACAUCGUUAUGCGGAGUCUCAUGAUUGCACAUUUGACUAUAAAACGGAGGGACGCAAGCUCUUGGAACAAAGUAACCCAGUGGUCAGUGCUCCUAAGUUACCCAAAAUCUAACUCAGGAACCUUACACUAGGAAAUGGCUGUGAACAUUGUCUGUUUUUGUGUGCUCUUUCAGUGUCCAGAAGAAAAUCUUGUGUUGGAACACACCGAGUUAAUUUCUGUUUUGUUUUGGAAUGACUUUUAGCAUUGUACUUUUAAUUUCUAUCAAUAGUUGAAGUGCAUUUUGAUUCAAGGUAUCAAUAGAGUUUUAUUUUUUGUGAAUUAUAUUCAUCAACUAACUGGUUGUUAUUUUUGCCGAGGGAAGUUUGUUCUAGUUUUGUCUCAAUAAUGGUAUCUAUACAAGUCCUAUAGUUUAAUGGUAUUUAUACAAUGCCUUAUAUUGUAAUUUGCUAAUAGUGUAUUAAAAUUCUGUAUUAAUGGACCAAGUUUGGGAUUGUCAAUGCCAUGUAUUAAACAUAUAUAUGUAGCCAGCAUAGAACAAAUGGUUUACAUUUAUGUUGUUGUGUUAACUCAUAACAACAGAAAUAUUUGAUAUUGAUUGCAUCAAUUAAUAAUGAUGGGUGCAUGAUUUACCUUCAAUAUUGAAGGUGUUUCACAUGUACUGGGGUAUUUUUAAGCAUCUACAUACUGGUAUGCUUUUUUAUUUCCCUGAAUGUUUACUGUUUGUCAAUUUUUUAUAUUUUUUUUUCACUCUUAAUAGUAUUGAGUUGAGGAAGAUUUUAAAUGCUAGUCUGGGUUGAGAAAUCAGUGUAUGGAAAAACCUCAUGUUUGGUUUUCUGGUGUUUUUGUUGGGGUGGGGGGUGGGGUGUUCCCCUAAAAAUAUUGUGAUAGAUAUUUUUCAGAUGUCUUUCAUUUGGUCGAUGUUGAGUGGGAUGUCAUUUUUUAUGUAAUUUCUGCUGAGAAUGUGUCGGUUGAGAUGCCUUAGAGUAAGAUCCCAGUUUCAUGGGAUAUUUUAAUUGUCAAAUUUUAAAAAAAAUUUUUUUUUUUUUUUUUUUGUUUGUGAAUUUUAAGUUUCAUAUUUGAACUGUUUUGAACUACAUGUAAACUUUUUGUGUUAGAAUUGUACAAGGAUUUUUCAUCAUUUGAGCACUUGUUAAUGACAAUAACCAGUUGGUUUUUCACCUGUUUAAUUGAGAAUUUUACAUUCAUUUCCUAAUUUUUACACACAAUUUUGAAUGUCACCGUGAUGUUUCACAAACUUUAAAUCUACACUGGUCAGCAAUUUAUUUUCAAUGUCUGACUGUUAACUGUAAGUGAAUGGCUAUGCAGAAACCCCAAAGAAAAUUUUUUAUGUGAUAGUCUGAUAGAUUUUUUUUUUAACACUGUAAGCCUAUUAUAAAUUCAUGAAAUAUGUCAAUUUCAUGAAAAUCGAUGAAAGAGUUUCUGGGCAUUUUAAUUUUCUAACGUGAAAACAAUGAGAACCACAGUGCCUAUUUCAACCAAACUUGGCACAAAGCAUUUUUGGGUGAAGGGGUUUCAAUUUUGUUAAUUUGAAAGACCACACCCCUUUUGCCAAAGGGGAGAUAAUUAAACAAAAGUAAAAGUAGAUUUUUUUUUACAUCUUCUCAAGAACUGCCAAAUUUAAAGAGUCACAAUUUGAAUAGAAGCAGGCUUCCAUAAAAGUUGGUUCAAAUCAUUAUCCCCAGAGUCUGGGGCAGGGGGUGGGGCUACAUAAGAAUAUACAGUGGACUCUGUUUACAUUGUAAUGUAGGAGACACAAAUUCAUUAUAGCCGUCAUUGUAUCUAUGAUUACCAAUAAUUGGAAGAUCAGCUGAUCCCACAUAGGAAAUAUACUUUGACAAGCUGAAAUUUGAAUGAUGUUGUAUAAAGUUGAAGAAUACAGAAACAUUUUGAAACCCUUUUCCAAUAUUCAUGUGGAAGGUGAUUGUCAACCUAUAACAAAGUAUUGCAGCUUUUAAUUAUUUAAUCCUUUUAUCCACAUUGUUGAUACUUAUCAUAUUUUUUCAAAGCCGUUGCUUGGAAUGUAUGAACAGUACAUUGUAAAAUCAACUGAAGUUCAAUUAUACAUGUAGCUUUAUUAGGUUUAAUUGGUGCAGCAUGGAUGUCUGUAAACACUUUCCUUUGGAUGUGUGAUCAGCUAUGGUGAUAACGGAUUUAUUGAUAUUUACUGGCAUUUUACACAAGUGGGACUGAGGUUUUACUUCAUUGUAGGUGGAAUUUCGUUUGGUAACUUCGUUGUAACCAUCAUUAUGAUCAAAGGAAUAAGAAGAAAAUUAGUCCGGACCUUUUAAUCAUUUCGUCAUAUGCGGCAUCUCGUUAUAUCAGAUUUCAUUGUAAAUGGGGGCCACUGUAUACAAAAGUUCUUUAAAAUCUUCUCAAGAUUCACAGUACAGGGUGCAGUUUGUCAAAUUGAUAUGUGAUUAUCCUCAUGUAGUGUACAUUCAAAUCUGUUCACACCAUGGCCUCUGGGUAUGUCAUACAUAGGAGUAUAUAGGAUAUGUCUUAUAAAAUCAUUUUCUCAAGAACCACAAGAAUUUUUUCAUUUGAUAUGAAAGCAUCCCCAUUAAGAUAAGGUUCAAGUUUGUUCACACCACGACACCUGGGCCAAGAUAGGGGUGUGCAGUUCUUAGGCUCUCUGAAAAUCUUCUCGAGAACCACAAUGGUACAAAAUCAAUAUGCAAGCAUCCAUGUGUAGAGUAUAUUCAAGUUUGUUCACGCUAUGACCCCUUAUUUAAUGAUGGGCUUAAAUGAUAUUUUAUGUUUUAAAUGGGAAAAUGCAGUUGGCCAAGUGGAUGGUGUUGUCCAUGAGCCUCUUGUUGGUGUACACUUAUGCUAAUUUUACUGAAAAGUGACAUGUUGUCAACAUUGAUCAUAAAUUGUAGACUGUAUGGUUAUAGCAGAAAUUCUACAAUUAUUUCAAGGUUAUAUUGCACAUAAAUGAUAUAUAAACCUUCCUAAGCACUAUCAAGAAUUUUUUAUGUUAAACCCCAAUUAGAAGUAUUUGAAAGAAAAGUUGAAUUUUAACACUAUUAAAAAAAUGUCUCUGGAAUCGUAAGAAUGCAGGAUUUUGCUCCAAUCAGCCCAGAAGCUAGUAUAUUACUUAAAAGUUUGAGACAGAAGAGUAUUUUUGAUAGUCACAUAUAUGUGUAUGAUAAUUUGUUACAAUGUGCAAGUAUUAAUCAAAGACCAUUUAUUGUUUAUAUACAGUUAGGAAAGUUGAUAUGUAGAUAACUUGGUCAUUUUCGAACUUGUACAUCAGGUAAUGAACGAUUUAGUUCAUCACUUUUAUGUUGCAGGAUUUAUUUGUUUUGAUGAUUGAACCUUCAAAUGAUACUAACUUGGUGUUGCCCAUCCCCCCCCCCCCCCCCCCUUUGUUUGUCUAUUUUUCGAAGACAUGUUCUUGCAAAGGAAAUUGUAGGUUCAUGAAAAUUACAUAGGCUAAUUGUAAAAAUGAAAUUGAAUGAUGCAAACUGUAUUCUAUAGAAAGAACAAGGGCAUAUGUGGCAAAGAAAAUCCUUUAAUGCAGAAGUACAAACAAGUAAAUCUUUAAAAAAAAAAGAUGUAAUCAUUGAAAAUCUAUUGUUUGAUAUAAAUGCAUAUUUUUUUAUGCAUUUUUUACGUUACCCCCUAAUCACAUAGUAAAAGCAGAAAAAACAUUUCAAGUAUGAAUAUUAUAUAUUUCAACAUGAAUGGAUCAAGUCGCUGCCCUGCAAAGGUUUAAGCCAUCAGAAAACCCUGAUAACAAAUUUGAAUGAUUUUUUAAAAAUCAAGACUUGGUCCAUUUUAUUCAAAAAUACUUGUAACCUUUUUUUUUAAGUGUGUUAACUUUGUAGCGCAGUGGUUAUUGUGAUAGAAACUUUCACUCAUUACAUAUGUCAUGAGGAAAGUUUUGAAAUCCUGCUAGAAUAGGUAUACUGUAUAACAGUAUUUUCUGUGGUUAUCCAUGUUUUUGCAGAUAAGAAAAAUCUGCAAAAAUUAUAAUCUCAAAAUAUAAAUAAAAAUACAUUUAUGUAUAUAGGUAUACCUUACACCUGCAGAAUUUGACAAGAAGAAAUUAUUAUUUCUUGUCGUCUUAAUAUUAAGUAAAUCUUUUAGUAAAUCACAACUUUGUUCUUGAAAUAGUGAAUGAAUUUUUUUCAUGAGCCUCCAUCAAGUGUGCAGAACACUUGCAGUUAUGCCCCUUUUUCUACAGUAUACAGUGUGUAUUUUAACAGUUUGGAUCAUUUAGUCUAUGUUUGUCAGUGAAGUGGUGUAUCAUUUUGACCAAGUUAGGAUUUGGUUGCCUUGAAAUUAUUGUAGAAUGGAUGUAUAAUCAAAGAAGAUAACAAUAUCUGGUUUCACUUUCUCAUAGCAUCAGUAAUCAUGUCAAUAGAUUAAACUUUUUAUCUUUUUAUAAAGGUGAAAUAGAAUUUAUGAAUUUUUCAUUGAAGUGAGGUAGUGAAGAUAAUUUUUUUCUCAUCAAGGGAAGAUAUGUUAGCACCAAUGUUUUUUUUUUUUAACCGUAAUCAUUUAAUACAUGUUUUGUUUGUAUGCAUAUAUUGUUAUAUGCAUUUGGUGUAUAUUGUGCACAGUUAAAUGAGUGUGGAUAAAAAUGAAAAUAAUAAAAAACAGUCAAUACA